AUUUAAGUGUUGAGUUAUAAGUAAAGAGUCAUAUACGUAAGUGGUGCGUUUCAGUAUAGUAGCUAACUGUUCAGCAGUGCAAUAAAAUGAAUUUAUAUGCAAUAUUUGCAUUUAUCACUACAAUAUUGGCAGCAUCUUGGGUGUUGGCAGACAAAGGAAUUUGCGACCCAGAGGAAAUAGAAAACGAAGCUUCAGAAGUAGUUGUAGCGUUUGAACAAGCUGGUUCAAACUUGCCUGCAGCGCCAUCAGAAUUUUUGGGUGUAAAAUUCCUAGCCGCAGAGCCCAAACUGGGAGAGUGUUUGUCUCCAGAGAGAUUCAUAUUCUCUCCUACAGCUUUUGUCUACGAUGCCGACCCAAAAAUCAACUAUACGGUUGUUUUUGUCAUGCCUUCCGCUGUCGCGCCGGUUCUGUCCGAUGUCCUCAUAUCCCUGUGUAUGAACGUCGAUGGUGCGACGUUGAGUGUAUACGCCGGCAACCGGGUCGUUGCUCCAUGGAUCUUCGUCAACCCCGCACCAGGUUCUGCGCAGUGGGUGUACGGACUUUUGUACAAACAACGCCGUUCUAUCAACCUGUUUGACAGCACCCUGAUCGAUUUAAGUAUUCGUCGAGUGAAUUUCAACUUGGCCGAACUAGUUGCCAAGUACUCGUUGGGUGAUCCAGUGGCCGGCAUCGUCUGGAAGACCGCCGUACCCAAGAACUAUGGGAAAAAUUGCGGUGUGGAGCUAGGCUGCGUGAAGAAUAGCGCAUGUAAAUACUAUUAAAUUUAUCAAAAUGUCUGACAAAUAAAUUAUUUAAAGACUUGGAUA